CAAUUUUUUGGAUCGCCUUAUCGCGAUAUUCACCACCCCACACAGUGUCCGAAAAACUCAAUAAUAGUGAACACGGAUACUGGGAUCCUCACCCCAAGCCCGACAAGAUAUCCAUUCACGGAGCUUCCGACCCCCAACAAAUCCAUUUACGGAGCAUCCAGCCCCCAACACUCCCUUUAACACUCGCAUGAAAAUUCAGCCUUACGUAAAGACAUCAUCAAAAGCUCCUCCCCUUUGUAUCUUUGCUUCUCUUUGCCUUCUUGGACUGUAGUUUCAAAGAUGUCUGCCAUUACGACGACCGCAUACGUCCAUACGACUAGUCCGACGCCCCACUUUGUGAAAUCGACUGUGGAACUUCCGCCGUUGGGGCCCAAUGAUGCCCUUAUUGAGGUCUUGGCCUGUAGUAUCUGUCACACGGACAUGUACAGUUUUGGCAUCGAAGGCAUUGUUCCUGGACACGAAGUUGUUGGCCGAGUGCUUGAUCUCGGCCCACAAGCCAAAGUAGAUUCAGAGCAGACCACAGAGGCCGACGGAGUUGUUGGCAUCACCGUCAAGAUUGGAGAUGUGGUUGGAUUUGGCUAUCUCCGAUCUGCCUGCUUAAAGUGCGAGCUUUGUUUGAAAGGUUCUGAGAUCUUUUGUCCAAAGCGCAAGAUCUUUCCAGAAGGCAAAUUAUUUGGAUUUGCCGAGAAGACGGUGUGGGAUGCCAGGUUCCUCUAUCCCGUCCCUCAAGGUUUGGAACCCAAGUAUGCGGCUCCUCUUUUGUGUGCUGGAGCCACCAUGUUCAACUGUUUGUUUGAAAACAAUGUUAGUCCAACCGCUAGAGUUGGUGUCAUUGGAAUUGGUGGACUUGGGCAUUUAGGACUGCAAUUCGCGAGAGCGUGGGGAUGCCACGUUGUCGCUUUCAGUUCACGGGACAAUAAAAAGGACGAAGCACUCAAAAUGGGAGCGCACGAGUUCUGCACACCUCAAACCACUGGAUCACUCGGCAAACUUGACUUCAUUAUUAACACCGUGUCCGCCUCCCUCGACUAUGAUUAUUAUUUCUCACUGCUGAAGCCCACCGGCAUCUUUUGCACUGUUGGUGCGCAGGACGAUAAGAAAGAAUUGGAGAUACGCGAUCACACUGUCUUUAUUUUGAGGAAUAUUCGAUUUAUGGGCAGCCUGGUUGCGUCAAGGGGGGCCAUGUGCAAAAUGUUGCAGUUUGCGAAUCGACAUGGAAUCAAGCCUGUUAUUGAGGAAGAUGAGAUGAGCGCACAGGCAUUGGACACUUCGUUUGACAGGUUGACGAAAGGGUUAGUGAGGUAUAGGACCGUCUUGGUAAAUAAAAAGGCGGCAGAGGGGGCGGUUACUGCUCAACUAUAACGUGUACCCUGUGGAAGUGUAACGUCCUCAUAAUAAUUGAAAUCUGUAACUGGCGGUAUUUUGCUUUUCGCCACUCUUUGUA